AUGAUAUAAGACACUCAGAAAUCGUUUAAGGAUUUUUUGGAAACGUAUACCAUCAGACAAAAGGAGCCUGAAAAAAGAAGACUGCCCAAACAGAAUCCAGUGUUCCUACUUACUAAAUAUCAACCUCAGAAGAAUUCCAUUCAAAUUGAAUAAAAUUUUAGUUAUGCCAUCACCACAUCUAAGACCACACAUAUUGAUCCUCCAUUGAGUUUGCGAUUUAAAACAUUAGAAAGUGAAAAGAGCAACAUGUCAGGUCUAUCGCAAUUCCGUAAAAAUGAGUGGAAGUAAAAGGAUAAAAAUUAUUGCUUAAUUCGAAACUCCGAAUUAUUCAAUGAUGUUAUUCGAAAAUCAACUAGGUUUCAUAGUUAAUAGUAAUUGGUACCAAUCAAAUCAUAGGAUUAAAUAAUUAAGGGAUACUUGAUGGAACUGUCUCGAAAGCGGAAAGUAGCACCGAAGCCUCAAGGGACAGAUGAGUUACUGAAUUUUGAAGUGGACCAAAUAUAUUUGGAUAUCACAAGGAAAGAUAACAUGUUGAGUGUUAAGUUUCCUAAUAAAAAUCAACCUGGUGUGAAAUAAGUAUUUAGAAAUCUUCUAGCUACUGCUUAUGAUCAAUAAAUGUUUUUAGACUUGCCUCGUCUAAGGGUCAUACAUUUAGGCAUGCAAUUAACACAUGCUCACUUCUUCAAGUUUAAGUACCACUUUCUGAAUAAGUACAUGCAAUUGAACAUCUCAACAGAAAAAAUGUUCAAUUGUUGUGAAAGGAUUGAAAAUGUCCGUCCUUAUAUACUUAAUGAAACACUGGAAUUUGAAAUCUAUGGAGGAGAAGAAGGCAUCAAAGCCAUCACUAAACUCAUGUAUAAAAAAAUCCUAUCAGAUGUCACAUUAUCACCUUAUUUUGAGAAAAUUGACGUCGCCACUUAGGAAUUGAAAUUUGCUAGACUCUUCUUUUAAUUAAUCUAUCAUUUGGAUUCACCCAAUUACUCAUGUGAAGUGCUGAGAGAACGACAUGUCAAGUAUGCUUUGACAAAUGUGCAACUUACGAACUUUAAAUAUUACUUGUCUUUAACUUUGUAAUAGACAGGUAUACCUUGGAAGAAUAUCAGACAACUCUUAAGAAGAAUGGACAUCUACAAAUAUGCCAUAAUAAAUAAAAAUGAUCUCCAACAUUAUGUGAAUUAGUUAGGCUUCAAUUAAUUCAUUGAGAAUUUUGUGAAUAGUUGUUCAUAAGAUGCCAUGUUAUCUGAAUUGAUCCAACGUAGAGGACGAUAACGAUUUAUUUCACACUGCUGCAAUAUUUUCCAUUACUUUUUUCGUUACAACAUAAAGGCUGUAACCAGAGAGGACUUAUAUUUAAUUCAUUCAAAAAAAGCUAUAAUAAAUGAGAAGAUUUUCGACAGGUUCAAACAAAAGGCUGUUGAGUCUGUCAAAGAUCUGACUGAUGAUAAUCUAGUGGUCUAAGACUUUAUUGAAGAUUGGGAUGAGAUCAAGCCAAUAAUUUUAGGAGAAACCAGAGAACAAUAGAUUCUUAGCUUGGGUUAAGAAUAUCUAAUACCCAAAUUAGUUUAAAUUUUAGAAUACGAAUUUUUUUAAAGGCAUUUGAAUAAGAUAUAUGAAACUGAAGAGGCGGAGAUGGGCAAAAGCAUACUUUGCAAAUUAAACUUACUGCUCUACGGAGUUAGGUUUUUCAAGAAGUAAGACUUGCAAAUAAUUCACAAACGAUUCAAAAUUACUUCUUCACAAUACUACGACUUCUCACAAUGCUUUAAAAUUGCUUUAUAAGAAUACAAAGUCUUGAAUUAUGUUCACUAAUUAAUAGAAGAGUAUGAAGAAUAUAUAGUCUCUGAUUGA